CCUCCGGGCCCAGCCCCCGAGACGCGGUGCUGUGGGGUGGCCCAGAACCUGAGGUGGGGACGCGAGGCCCCGCCCCGCGACAGGCCCCGCCCCCGCGACGGGCCUUAAGUCCCCGGCUGAAGCCGCACGAGCGCCACCCAGAGGUUAGGAUUGGUGCCGCACGUGUCCUGUUUGGGUGUGAAUUAUAAGCACGUCCAACGUUUGAAGAUUUUCCGCCUCCGCGCAGAAGUGGCCUGUAGCAGAAGUGGCCAUGUUUAACAGUAUACACCUGUUAAACAUGUCUUAGUUGCAAAAUGCUAGAGUAUAGAAUGUGAGGGAUGCGGCAGUGAAGACGAGCCUGAUGUUGUCUUUUCUGUCCUACAGUUGUCCUAGGGUGUAAAGAGUAUUUCAGUGGCGGAAGACUGGCUAACGGGAAGAAGUUGGAGAUGCAGGAGAGCAAGGGCUAUUAGUGGAUCAAGACCUGAGGGUGCACCAAGGGCUGAGACAAAGUGAGGCAGCAGGGCGUGAGCCUGCCUGAAGAACGCCCUCUCUCUCUGGGACAGGAGGCAGUGUGGCUGUCCAGGAAGCCACCGCGAAAGUGCUCAGGCUAGUGCUGCUUAGAGCUGAGCCGAGGACCAUCAUGCAGAUGGGAAGCUAUAUCUACCAUACUCUCUUUAUUGAUGGAAUCACUUACUUAUGUGCUACAGAUAAUGCGCUGGAUACUGUGGCACCAUCUGCAUUUCUUAAAAAAGUUAGUGACACUUUAACAAGAAAUCCUUUGAUGUCACAAGAACAGUUUUCUCCUUCAAAUGCAGUUACUGCAGAUUUUCAACAAGUUUUAGGAAAGUAUAUGAUGAAGUACAAUAAAAAUCAAAGUGACUGCAUGAUUUCCACAAUGAGGAGUCAAGUAACUGAUGUAAAAACUGUUUUGACACAAAAUAUUGAAAUAAUUUUGGAAAAAGAAGAAAAAUCGAAUAUCUACCUUGAUAGUACAGAUGAUCUCCAAACACCUGCAGAAGGGACCCAAAGACUUGAGCCAUCAUCUGCUGCCUCCCAAGGGCAUAGGCAUCAGCAGGAGGCUGGAUCAGAAGUGGAGAAACGGGAACUGGAACCAGACACUCAAAAUAGGAUGAAUUCCCAAUUAGCAUCCCAACUGCUGUACCAAACACCCACUCUUCCAUGAACUUUUUUAAAGUACUCUCAUAUAAAAAGUCUUAGCACCUUGCAUGGCAACUUCACCUACUUUAUACUUUGUAAAAUUUUGGUUGGCAGUUAGUUCUUUCUUUGAAUUACAAGCUGCAUCUCAAGUUGUAUACACACAUACUCAACAAAUAUUAAUGUUAAUUCAAAUUACAUUAAUAUGAGAAUUGACCUUUCUUUCAAUUGUACUUAUUUUUUGAAAGGCAGGGUGGGGGGAAGUGAGACAGAGAGGGAGAAAGACAGAGGAUCUUAUAUCUGCUGU